GUUGCUUGGUAUAAAAACCAUUUCCUCAGGCACUGCAACCCAUAUAGACAGCGAAAAUGCUUUCGACUACAGUUACUGUCAUAUUGGCGAUUCUGCUCUGGCAUAAGACACAUACCGUCGAUUCUCAAUGUACGUCAAUUGACCAGCUUGCUUGUUACGCCAAAGAACAUCCGAAUAAUCCAUGCUCUUAUGCGCGCACCGGAUUUGGACGUGUUUAUCCGGACUUAUUAUCGUCACAAACGGUUGGAAAGUACGGACCAGUUCUAUUGCAAGAUGGAUUUUUGAUUGGCAAAAUUCAAAAUGGAAAUAGGGAGCGCAUACCAGUGAGAAUAGGGCAUGCUAAAGGAUCCGGUGCAUUCGGCUACUUCCAAGUCACGCAUGAUGUGAGCAAUUACACAAGGGCUGCAUUCCUUCAGCCGCACACAAGAACGGAUGUAGUCAUUCGUUUCUCUACGCAAGUCGGAGAGAUUGGCUCGGCAGACACCCUUGUUGAUGCAAAAGGCUUCGCUGUGAAGUUCAAAACCGCUGACGGGAUCUUUGACUUUGUCGGCCUUAAUGUACCGGUAUUUGGAAGCCGAGAUGCGAUGAAUCUUGCCGAUUUGCUCCAUUCACGAAUGAAAAACCCGGUGACACAUUUGCAGGACUUGAGAGCGUUUUGGGAUACGGCGUCGCUGAUGCCGGAAACGAUGCUGUUCAUCCUGUUUUUCUUCUCGAAAACGGCCUACAUCAAAUCUUACUCGCAUAUGGAUGGUCACUAUAUCCACACAGUCCGGUUGGUUAACAGACGGUACGAGCCGAUUUUUGCUAAGCUUAUUUUCACGUCGAACGCCCAAAACAAAUCUUACUUCAAUUCGUCGGUUGAGGCGCUUACCACUGCCGGUUUCUAUCCCGAGUUCCUGACCAAAGACCUCUACGAUUUAAUCGCAACAAAAAAUUACCCAACAUGGACACUUAACCUGCAGAUAAUGACGGAAGAACAGGCCAAGAACUUCAAAUACAACAUUUUCGAUCCGACCAAAUUCUGGAACACUACCGACUUUCCACUGAUACCAGUCGGACAAUUGGUCUUAGAUCAAAAUCCUACCAACUAUUUCAACGAUGUUGAACAGUCUGCAUAUGCUCCAGCCAAUCUGGUGCCCGGCAUUGAAGCCACUCCCGAUCGUCUGUUCUCCGCACGAUUGUUUGCGUACCGAGAUGCUCAGUUUUACAGGCUCGGCCGGAAUCAUAACGAAAUUCCGGUGAACAUGUGCCCGUUUGCAGUGAGAAAUUAUGAACGAGACGGGUUCAUGAAUGUCGGUCCGAACGGUGGAAGUGGCCCAAAUUACUUUCCCAAUUCGUACAACGGGCCGAAUAACAACAGAGAUCGGUACUACGAUGAGUUACCGUAUAAACUGAGCGGCACUGUUGAUCGUAUCUUCUUGGGCGACGAAGAUAAUUUUUCGCAAUGCAAAGCGUAUGUAAAUUCGCUCAGUGAUGCGGAUCUGCGCUCUCUUAUAGCAAACAUGGCAUUUUCCUUUAUUGGCGUUGAUAAAUCGACAAUUGAUCGGGCCAUUGAUAAAUUGAUGGUACCGAUAUCUACAAAAUUUGCAAAUUUAUUUAGAGAAGCUCUGACCCAAUUGCCACAAUAACAAUUUUGUACCUUGGUUAAAGCAUUAAAAAACCGCUGCGUUUCAUUGCCACAUAAUAUCUGCUAAUCAGUAGUGACUAUAUUUUAGCUUUAUUUUUUGCCAAUAAAAUUAAUUCA